UCCUGCCGAAGUACCUGGAGAGUCAGUUCCGCUUGCCCGUCCACAGCGCCGCCAUGGUGUCAGGUAUGGGCGGGAUUAUGGUGAUGGGCGUGGGCAUCUUCACCAGCGGCAUCUUCAUAAGGCGAGCCAAGCCCUCCGCCCGCGCCGUCUCAGGAUGGAUCGCCCUCACCGCCCUCGUCUAUUCCUCGGAAUGGGUGGAUCCUAUGGUUCGUUGGGACGCCCGCGAGGAUCUCUCGCGGUCGGCGCCUCGAGAAUGGGCCCUGAGCGGCAAGCAUUUCGUGGAGGUGUGCAACAGGACCUGCGGGAACUGCGACGACAGCGCCUUCGCUCCGGUCUGCGGGACGAACGCGAGGACCUACUUCUCCGCCUGCCAUCUCGGCUGCUCGAAUGUCACCAAUUUCAAGGAAGAAAAUAAACUUGUGUUCUCAGAUUGCGAGUGUCUUCCCGAGGGAGAAACAGCUGUUCUGAGGCUUUGCGAACUUGAUUGUUCCAACUUUACCUGGUAUGUUAUUAUAUUUUCCAUCUUCGUAUUGAUACAUUCCACAUCAGAAGUCGGUGGCAUGCUGGUCACCCUUCGCUGUGUAGAUCCCAAAGACAAAGCGAUGGCUCUUGGUCUCAUCUCUGGUGCUAUUGGUCUAUUCGGUAAUGUGCCAUGUCCCAUUAUAUAUGGUGCUGUGGUAGACUACGCGUGUAUUCACUGGCAGGAGACUUGCGAAGAGCCUGGUGCAUGUCAGCUCUAUGACACUGAUAUAUUUAGAAUGUUCUUCCAUGGUAUCACAGGUAGUGUGAUGAUGUUGGCAUUUAUCGUGGACGCAGUGGUGUGGUACAGGGCCAAGUCCGUGUCCUUCACCGACAUGGACGACACGUUCGAGGAGGCCACGUCCAUGAGCCACAAGUCGGUGUCGCGGUCCCCGUCCACGGCCAUGAUCACCAUCCAGUCCCCCACGACGUCCACGGCGCAGGACGUCUCUCCGAAGCUGUCGCCGAGUGAGGGGGAGCCUUCCGUCAGUCACGAGGACCAACCUGUAUCGAGUGUGUGAUAGGAAGGAAAGAAGACAAGGAAUAAUAGAAAAAAAAAGAAAAAAAAUAUAUAAAUCCCAUUUCACUGAAGUAAAAAAAGCAUUAUAUUCAUCCACAUAAUUGCCAACAUAGUGCCACAUUAUCUUCACUAAUUUUCAUGGACUGGAAGCAUGAUAAGGCAUGGCUCAACUCCUGUAUAUCACGGCAUGUGAUGGACCGUCAUUUCUUAUAAAGUCUUCAUUUUUGUAUGUAUCCAUAUGUAACGGUAACUAAGCCAAGUUACACUCUAUGACAGACUAGUCUUGACUUCCAGGAGUGGCUUGUCUUAGAUGCUCCCCGAUCCUUUAUUUCUGUGAUGAGAACCAACUUUCACCUUUCAUGUAGUACCAUUAAUUAAUAAAGACUGGAGAGACAUUGUAACCUCGCAAGCAGUGAAAUCAAGCCUGACACAGUUCUUAACUGUCGCAUCGCUCACAGUGAAUCCACGUUCAGAAAUCUAAGACUGAUCAAGGGACUGGGAUAGAGAGAUAUCGGGACAAGGAUAUUCUCAGUGUCUUGGAUCAGCUGGUACUCAACUUGCCAAUGUUUGAAAAGUUGGAACAGAAUGAUAGUGUGUCAUCUGUACAUAUAAAUAUAUUUAGAAAAUGCUAGUAUAAUAAGAGCUUUCAUGAAUGAUUAUUGUUGUCUUCAGAAUAUAAAACUUGUACUAAUGCUCCGUUGUAUUAUCUGCAACCAGAGCAAUUUAUUGACAGGAUGUACUUUAGCCUUGGUUAUUUUAUAUGUCAUGAAUCUUAUUUUUAUUUUUUUCUCUAGUACACUAGAUUUAGUGUCAAAGAUUCCUUGGCUGAUAGAAGACAAAAUUUUAAGUUAACUAAUGCUUUUCAAAUAUUUUAUAGAUGAAACUACAGUAUAUACACACCAUUAUAACCUCACAACAACUGAAAAGUUUUUUUUAAAUUCACAUAACUAAGCAGGAGUUUUUUAAUGCACGUUGUUUUUAACUUUAUAUAGGUUUUAGUAAAUCCUAAAAAGUUUCACUAGCUAUUGCUCAAUAUUUAAAUAGAAUAUAAGGAAUGCAAUACAACUAGCUAGUUACUAGUCUCAUAAAAGGCAUUCUGUUGUUCCUGUGAUGAACCUCUCUUUAGGGUUUAUGAAGUGAGUAUACAGCAUAUUCACUAAUGUAAAGUAUUUCGUUCACGUUAAUGUCAUAUUUGCCAGUGCGCUAAGUGAAUACGUUUUCAUGUUAAUUCAGUUAAUAAGAUGAAAUGACGAUCAGUGACACGUUCUUUCCACGAAUAAAUCGGUUUUUGUGAGGUUGUACUGUAUAAGGAAGGUAGUACUGUAUUCUAAACUGGAAAAUGCUAUGGCUUAUUUUCCAUUAAAGUAGCAGAGAGAGGUUGUGCUUGUAAAAUAUUAAUUUGAAAUGUUAUUUUAUUUUUCAUCAGAUUAAUUACAAAAAAAAUAAAGAUAUGUAUUGUG